CCAUCUGACUGCUAGCUUAGUAUCUUUUAGUCCAUCCUGGAGACGUUUGAGAUGGAGUAUGGGAGGGAUCUGUCAAGCCCGACACUUCUCAAGGUCUACAAUGGCAAAAUUUGGCAAGUUGUGCUUCGAAAACUGGGUGGCAGUAUAUGGUUAUGUGGUGGAUGGAGGAAGUUUAUGAAAAAAUACAAGAUGAGGGAGGGGUACUCCGUAUUCUUCAGGUAUGAGGGGAGCUCUGUGUUUGAUGUAGUAAUAUUGGACGAAAUUGGGAUGGAGAUUGAAUACCCCUCGAGAUCGACCCAUAGCAGGAGUGCUAGGGCCAGAAGGCCAUCUUCGGUGAUAGAUAUAGGAAAUUCAACUGAAGAGGAAUCUGGUGAUGAAAGUGAUGAACCAUUACAGUCCUCGGCUUCCAAAGUGAAGGCUGACAACUCAGGGAAGAAGUAUCGGGCAACCUCAAGUUCAUCAGAAAGGACAGUUCAAUAG